GAGAGCCCACAAUGUCUGCUUUACACUCCCUGCUGUGUUUCCACUUCACACACAAGUUAAAAACUGUCCUUUCCUGGAAAUGAGACUCUAAAACCAAACCUGAGCUUGAAUUAGAAGUUUUAACUUAACUUUCCAGGCUGUGCUUGCACUCUCUGAGUCCGGUAAGAUCUUUAUUCUCGAGCACCAAAAGCUGUGCUCUGGUGAGGUUUUGGUCUCCUGAGAAGGAAGUUCUACUCCCAGCACAGGCAGACGUCUUGUUCCUGUGGUCUGUGUCAAGUUUUCGAGUGGAAAAUUCGAUUAUUCAUGACUCCUCUGUGAUUCAUGGAUUCCUCAGACGUUGCUCCGGUCCAGUGGCAUUUUCCGUGGCUCCAAACAGCCCUAAGUCCACUGGUGCUUCAUUCCCUUGGCUGCAAGUUGGUCCAGGCACAGCGCUGGGAGGUAAAACGUCGGAUAUUUAGAAGUAGAGCAGUAGGGGAGGGUUAAACUGGGCUCACUGAGCUUCUCCUUCCUUUAGGAACGUGCACAGGGUGGAACCGAGGGAGGUUUUCUGUGCCUGGUGGGAGGUUUUCUGUGCCUGGUGGGAGGUUUUCUGUGCCUGGUGGGAGGUUUUCUGUGCCUGGUGGGAGGUUUUCUGUGCCUGGUGGCUGCGUCCGUAGGUUUUGUGGGAGCCUGGACGUGGUUUUUAGAGCUUGGGAAGGCGGCACUCGGGAGCCCCGAGAUUGAGCUCUGAUUAAAGAAAACUCCAUCACUGAGGCUCAAACUCACCGAAACUCUUUGUCUGUAAAACCGGAGGCUGAGCCCGAUAGCGCUGAUGAAAUCAGCGCGGAAACAGUUAAAGCCGUGGCUCGUUGAUGCCUCAGCCCGGGGUCCUUUUCCUGGAAUGCGGGCUCAGGAAAUGCACCUUUAGUCCCCCCGGGCCCUUUCCCCAGCCCGGCAGUUCUCGGGGCUCCCCGCCCCGCCCGGCGCCCUUUGAAAGGGCCACUCAGAGCCCGGAGCAUCGGCGGGAAGCCCAGAGCCUUCCCGGGGCCGCCCGGGACAGGAAUCCAGGGAUAAUAGCCCCGGGAUACCCCUCCAGCAGCGACGGUCGGUGCUGUUACCAGCUGCUCACUGCCACCAUGAGCUCCCCCAGCCCUGCCCAGCACCCAGCAGCUGAGAACACCUGCAGGAUCACUCUGGGACAAGCUCACCAGGUGAGACCCAGACUGCCACUCCUGAGGAUUCUGCAGGCAGCAGGAGCCCAAGGAGACACUUUCACUCUCAAGGAGGUGAUGCAUUACCUGGGCCAGUACAUCAUGGUGAGGCAGCUCUAUGACAAAAGGCAGCAGCACAUGGUCUAUUGUGGAGGAGAUGAGCUGGGAGAGCUGCUGGGCCUGGAGAGCUUCUCUGUAAAAGAUCCAAGCCCCCUGUAUGACAUGUUGAAACGGAACCUGACGGCGGCUGCACUCACAGAUGCUGCACAGACUCUCCCAAAGGAGCAGAGCGUCGAUAAGCCAAGCCAAGACCAGCUGAAGUUUAGCCAGGAAGAAGGUUCUGAUGCUGGGACCACGGAGGGGGAGGAGAGCAAGGCCUCUGCUUUGUCUACCUCGGAGCAGAACUGUGACACUUGUGAAGACAAAGACUUAAUAGAAAACCUCUCUAAAAGCAAGAAGCCUAAGCUGGACCUAGUGUUUGAGGAAUGGGAUGUAGCUGGUCUUCCAUGGUGGUUUUUAGGCAACCUCAGAAGCAAUUACGAGUCCAGAAGUAAUGGAUCAACAGAUAUUCAGACUAACCAGGACAUUGACACUGCCAUUGUUUCGGAUACUACUGACGACCUGUGGUUCCUCAACGAGUGCCCCUUGGACCAGGGCAGUGCUGGGCUCAAGGUGAACGUGUUGGACUGUGAGGAAGUGAAAGAAGGUGACACAAAGGUGACUGAGCAGGUGUGUCUGAAUGACUUGGAGGACUCUCAGUGCUUAAGUGAUGACACGGACACAGAAGGUGCUUCCGAGGGCUGCUGGCAAUGCACCAAAUGCAAGAAGUUCAACUCCCCGGGCAAACGGUACUGCUACCGCUGCUGGGCCCUGCGCAAGGGCUGGUACUCAGACUGGCCCAAACUGGCCCACUCCCUCUCCCUGUCCAGCAUUGCUGCCAUGAAAAACAAGGAGGAGGAAGAGGAGGACGAGGGGAUAGAUGUCCCAGACUGCAAAAGGACCAUGUCGGCCCCGGCUGGGCCGCCCACCCGCAUGUUCGGGGUGGAACCCAAACCCCCCCCCUGCGGCUCCAUCGAGUCCCUGGACCUGGCACGGGCUCAUGAGAGCAAAGAGUCUCUGCUGAGCUUGGCUGAGAGUAAAAAGGAGGAAGAAAUCGAGUCUCUGGAGAGUAUAAAAACGCUGCUGAGCCCCUGCUGCCUGUGCCAGCUCAGGCCCCGCGACGGGAACAUCGUCCACGGCAGGACUGCCCACCUCGUGGCCUGUUUCAGGUGUGCAAAGAUGCUGAAGAAAAGGAGAUCCCCCUGCCCAGUGUGCAGGAAGGAGAUCGAGAUGGUCAUCAGGAUCUUCAUGGGGUAGUUGGGCCGCUCCAGGCCUUUCUCCUCCAAAAAGGAGCCAGCAGGUUUCUUGCACUUAAGCGCCCCGGUUUCAGAUCUCAGCCAACGAAAGCCAAAGAGAAUUAAGAUUCCAGUCUGCCCCAGCAGGCUGAGGAACCUCUGCAGCAUCCACCUUUCCAUGCCCCUGGAAAUGAAAGCCUGCAGGGAACAGGGAGGGACACGCUGGGGUCGAUGCCCCAGCCUGGAAUCGGCCAAAAUCUUCCCCUUUCAGCUCAGGGGUGUCCCUGGGAUUCUCUGUCCUGACAGCUGGUCCUUGGAGAAAACAAGGUUUGGGAAGAGUUGUAACUUCUGGAGUGUUGUUCUCCAGUUAAGUCAGAGCUGUGCAAUCAAUGCCUUCUGAGGGGGGUGUGAUCUGAGAUAGAAAUAGAGAUGAAUAUUGAGGGGUGGGAAGGGUGGGAUUCCGAGGUGGUGGCAGCUUAGAUGAGCCUUUUCUCCAAGGACCAGCUCUCCUGAGGGCAGUGCAAAGGAAAAUAACCCUGUGUCUGAUUUUUUUGGUUGAUUUUUAAGGUAGGAUUUUUAGGCAAGGUGAAGGUCCUCUUGAUCCCAGACAGGAAACAAAUCCUCCCAAACUCUUAAUCCAUAACUAGCUCAGGUCACAGAGAGAAUAUAGGGAUACAUUUUGCUUUCUUAUUGGCUCAUUUAAUUUAUAUUGAUUUUUUCAUUUAAAUACAUUUUCUGUCACCUUACAUAGCUUUGAAGCCUGUCCAGCAUUAGCUCAGCCUCUGCUCUGCCAGCUGGAUUCGAUUCCAACGGCUCUGUGCCUGUUUUGGGAUGUUCCCAGUGCACCUUCCACCUGCCUCAUCUCAUCAGCCUGCCCAGAAUAUACUCAGUUUUGAGUGCAGUGUGGCUUUAAAGACAGGACACGAGCCUUUGAGGGGAAAAAACGACUCCUCUAAAGCACCAGUUGCACUCUGGGGGCUGUGCUGGGUGUCAGGGUUUUAAUUUAAAAAUUAUUUAAUUAAUUAAAGGGGGCUCUUUUUUUGCCCCCUCCCUGUGAUUUAACACUCCAGCUCUGUCCUUCAGAGCUGUGCAUGGUCACUGCUGGCUGCCAAAACUUAGUUAAAACUCAGUUUAAAAAAAUCUCACCCUUUCCUGUGGUGACAUCCAAGAUUGUGCUCGAUUCCCUCAGCUUCCCUGUUUUCCAGGCUUUUUUGGAGGACCAACAGAACCUUCACCUUUCAGCUCUCCAGCAAUUCAAGCUCAGUGCAGUGUAGAACAAGCCCUGUUUGUUGUCACCUCUAAUUCCCUCUCUAACCCAGGGAGUGCUCGUGGAAACACAGCAAGAGAAGUUCCUGCUCACUCCCUGGUGCUUCCUUAGGCUCUUCCUCCUUGUUUUCCCACUCUCCACGUGCUGGUCCAGCCCCAGCAGGUCCAGGGGGGGCAGUGGGAGCCCCCAAACCUGCCCAGCAGAAGGUUCCAGCAAACCCUGACACCAGAGCUGGUGUUUCUGUGCAAAAACCCCAGAGUAGGUGCUACAAAAUCGCUGCAAAUCACUGCCAAAACUCCCCAAACUUCCCAUCCCCCUGGAGCUUUGGGAUUGUUCCCGUGCUGGCUGUAACUGGGAUUGUCAGAGACAGUUGUGCUGGCACAUGGGUGCACUAUCCAUGGGAAUCAGUCCCCAUGGAAAAGGUGAUUUAUUGUUCCCUUAACUAAAGGGCUCUUAAAUCGCUGGUGAUGCACUUUACCCACGCUGGAAUCAGCAGCUUUACCCAGGCAGUUACAUGAAGCAGUUUCUUCCCUUUCCAAGUGGGUUAUUCCCCUUUUAAAGUGCUUUUUUCUCCCCUUUCCCAAGUGGGUUUU